AUGAAACUAGAUGAUGCAUUGUGGGCAUACCGCACUGCAUAUAAAACUCUCAUUGGAACAAUACCCUUCCGCUUGGUCUAUGGGAAAGCCUGCCACCUACCUGUCGAACUUGAACACAAAGCCUAUUGGGCCAUCCAAACCCUAAACUAUGACCUUAAAGCUGCUGGCAAAAAAAGACUUCUACAGCUCAAUGAGCUAGAAGAGAACAGACAGGACGCCUGUGAAAACGCCAGGAUCUUCAAGGACAAAACCAAAAGAUGGCACGACAGGCACAUCUUAAGAAAAGAAAUCAAAGAAGGGGAUCUUGUCCUAUUGUUCAACUCCAGAUUGAAACUCUUUUCAGGGAAGUUGAAAUCAAGAUGGUUUGGACCUUUUAAGGUAACCCAAGUCUUCCCGCAUGGAGUAAGUAGAAGUGUGGAGCGAAACCUCAGGACCCCUAAUAUAUCAAUUAUGGAAAAGCAAGGAACUGAAAGCAAGAGAGGAGAGGAAUCAUCAAGUGAAAACCACACAAGAGGAAAUUGA